CCAUUCACAUCUCGCUGACGUUCAUCUACCCUCUGACGAAACCUGCUCCUAUAAGAUACACAGUAAGUUUGGCUGACUCUGAAAUGUGCUGUACUGCUCUUCUCCUGAGGCGAUAGUUGGGCUCUUUUUUUUGCACUGUUGGUGGCAGUUGAGUGGCUGGCGGCUGAUUCACAAAGGUCUCUUUUUCCUUAGGUCUCAAUGAAUUUCGGUUCUUUAGAGAUACAACGACUUUAGCAGAGAGAAGAUGAACAUCCAUGUGGAGGGUUUGGUGGCGAUUGUCAUCUUCUACCUGCUGAUCCUUCUUGUGGGAAUUUGGGCAGCAUGGAAAAACAAGAAUUCCGGGGUGGUGGAGGGAACUGAUCGCAGUGAGACCAUCAUGGUCGGCGGAAGGGAUAUUGGAUUAUUUGUUGGCGCAUUUACCAUGACUGCAACUUGGGUCGGAGGGGGUUAUAUCAAUGGCACAGCAGAGAAUGUUUAUCUUCCCGGGUACGGCUUGGCAUGGGCACAGGCUCCCUUUGGAUAUGCGCUCAGCCUUGUUGUGGGUGGCCUUUUCUUUGCUAAACCCAUGCGCUCCCGGGGUUACGUCACAAUGCUUGACCCCUUCCAGCAACUGUAUGGAAAAAGAAUGGGUGGUCUGCUAUUCAUCCCUGCACUAAUGGGGGAAAUGUUCUGGUCAGCCGCCAUCUUAUCUGCCCUUGGGGCCACACUGAGUGUGAUCAUUGACAUUGACAUCAAUAUGUCUGUAAUUAUUUCGGCUCUUAUUGCCAUUUUCUACACGCUGGUUGGAGGACUCUACUCAGUGGCGUACACUGAUGUUGUUCAGCUCUUCUGCAUCUUUUUAGGACUGUGGGUGAGCGUCCCUUUUGCACUCUCAAACCCGGCUGUGUCUGACAUCGGAGUGACAGCAGUGAAGCAGCUCCAUGCUAAUCAGACUGCAUGGCUUGGGAAGAUAGAAAGCCCUGACAAAUGGAUGUGGGCUGACAACUUCUGCCUUUUGAUGUUGGGGGGGAUUCCCUGGCAGGUGUAUUUUCAAAGGGUUCUUUCUGCCUCUUCAGCUACCUAUGCUCAAGUCCUCUCCUUCCUGGCUGCCUUUGGUUGUAUCAUCAUGGCUAUUCCCUCUGUUCUGAUUGGAGCCAUAGGGGCUUCCACAGAUUGGAACCAGACAACUUAUGGGCCAAUUCCUCCCAUGCAGAAGGACCAGUCUGAUAUGAUCCUACCGAUCGUGCUACAGCACCUGUGCCCAGCCUAUAUCUCCUUUUUUGGUCUGGGGGCAGUUUCUGCUGCAGUGAUGUCAUCCGCUGACUCAUCCAUCUUGUCGGCCAGCUCCAUGUUUGCUAGGAACAUCUACCAGCUCGCUUUCCGGCAAUCGGCUUCCGACCGUGAGAUAGUCUGGGUCAUGCGGAUCACUAUUUUUGUGUUCGGGGCUCUUGCGACGGCCAUGGCUCUCCUGACUGGAACCGUCUAUGGUUUAUGGUACCUGAGCUCUGACCUGGUCUACGUCAUAAUAUUCCCCCAACUCCUCUGUGUUCUCUUCGUCCGUGGCACGAACACCUAUGGCUCGGUGGCUGGAUACAUCUUUGGAUUGAUCCUGCGAAUUGGUGGAGGGGAACCAUAUCUCAAACUGCCUCCGUUCAUCUACUACCCAGGAUGGACCAUUGAGGAGAAGGUCCAUCAUGUGACCAAGGAGGUGGAAUACCUGGUGUUGCAGAGGUUUCCCUUUAAGACAGCUUCCAUGCUGGCCUCAUUCCUAAGCAAUGUGGCUUUCUCAUACCUGUUUAAGUACCUGUUUGAGAGUGGCACUUUGUCGGCUAAAUAUGAUUUCUUGGAUGCUGUGCACAGUGCUGAAAUAAUGGACAAGACCACUCUGGUGAACAAGAACAUUAUUGGGCUGAACGAAAUGGCCCCGGUCAAGCCAAGACUUAGUGUUACUUUAGCCGCUACCUUCACCAGGAAAGAAACCCUCACCGAAGAGGAGGACUCCAGCCCAGAGUCACCGAUUCAUGAGAACGAAUAGACCUUGUGAUCAAUCCUGAGAAGACUCUCUAGUGGCUCCAUAAUGUGAAGGACAAGGCUUCACCCAAUAAGUAAAGAAAUAUCUGAUUUUAAUUACAAUGAAUUCACUCCACACUCCUUUUCUGGAAUUUCCAUCACUUCUUUCAGAUGGGAGUGGGACAGCAACUGAAACUCUAUUGAAAAUGAAAGAGAGAGAAGAAAACAGCAGUAAUUCUGGUGGGUUGAGUAAUAUUUUAAAAAACUGUACCCUGAGAAGCUCUUCGACUCCUGUUGGUCUGUACAAACCCUGAGUGACUCUCCUUUACCUUCUAAAGAAAAUGUUGCAAUACUGUGAUAAUCCUUGAAAAAUAAUCGGUUAGUUCACUCAAAAAUAUUCUGUCAUCAUUUCCUCAACUUUACAUAAUUCCAAACAUGACUUUAUUUCUUCUGUGGAAUACAGAAAAAUGUCUUGAUUUUCAUCCAUACUGUCAAAGUCAAUGCGCUUCAGUGGUCUUUUGGAUCUUCUUGACUUUUUUGCAUUCCACAGAUGAAAGCAAGUUAUGAAUGAUGACAGAAUGUCUAUUUCUUGGUGAAUUAUCCCGUUAAUUUCCUGAAUCUGGACACAGGUCUAGAUUUGAAGAAGAAAAAAGAAAACGUAACACAGUGAUUAUAAUAUAUCCAAUUAUAGCUAUAUAUUAAUAAAUACUAGGUGUAAGUUCAUGUGUCAUGCCAUUACUUACGUCAAACUCCCAUGAUAGAUAUUAGUGCAGAUUAUCCGAUUGUCCUAUCAUAAAAAUCAAAUGUAGCUAAACGGUUAUAAGCUGUUUCAUAAGUAUGUAGUUAUAUAACAAGUGAUGUGCUUCCCAUCUACAAACUACCUUUAACAACUGUGACUUAAGUGCACAUGUGGCAAAUGUCUUUUUCAUGUUCAUAGUGCAAUAUUAAGAAGGAAAACAAAGAACAUGGAAAAAUAUACAUAUAUAAUCUUGUAAUCGCCUUAACUAGCUACAUUGAUUAGAUGGGGGUGAUUGGACAUUAUGCAAACCCGGUUCGUCACAUUGUUGUACUUGAAAAUGAAUGUAGCUGCAAAUGAUUUACCAGAUGUAAUAACCUCCGGGGUCUGUGCUGUGUUAUUUUUCGUGAUUUGCAAGUCGUAUGUAUGUCAAAAGAAGUCAUUGUACCUGGUUCCAGGAUGAGCCAGCUGCUGUGUUAUUUUGUUGGCUUUAGUGAUACAGAAAUGUGUGUGAUGUGUGUAUUUAUAUUCCAAUGAAUAUAAUUGUCCAGUACUCCACUAAAAUGUAAAGUGUCACUUUACCGUUCUGUAUAUAAAUAUACAUAUAUAUUUAAAUGGGUUGGAGCCAGCUACACAAAUCUAUAUUUAUUUAUUAAUUGUGGCCUACAGAUUAAACAUAGAAUUAUUCAAAGAUAAUAAAUUUUAUUGUUAAGACUUUCAUAGUUGUGUAUUUGUCUAAUGGAAUUCAGUUCACAAAACUAAAAACUGUAACUAAAAAGUUUUCCAUUUUGUUUUAAUUCAUGAAAAGAAUAGCAAACCCAUUUUCUAUGUCUUCUCUAUGUCUUUCGCAACCCAAAACGGCCUGCGGUCGCUGUAGGGCCAGCGGGUAGUUACGAAAAAGCGCGUGUCUGAAAAACGUGACGAUUUAUGACGCUAACUAUCUUCAACUUCCAAUGUCACUGUUAAGAGACAGCACUCU